AUGCCCAUUCUCCAGACCGCACCAGGCUCAGUCUCCAGUCUGCCCGGGGCUCAGGCUCCAGUCUGCAUAAGGCUCAGUUUCCAGGCUGCACCAGGCCCAGUCUCCUGGCCGAAUUGGGCUCAGUCUCCAGUCUGCACGGGGCUCAGUCUCCAGUCUGCACAGGGCUACUUGUGUGAAUGUGAAAAGACAGCGUUUUGUUGCUUUAAUCGAAUAUCUUUGAAGUGUGGGUCAUUUGGAGUGGAAGGCACCUGUAACAGUGGUGAGUACCAGUGGGAGUGUUUCCGAUGUUGUGCACCUUUUAGUUCCAGUCGAGGUUUCACUUGGUAUUCUUUCUUCCAGUUUCCUGUAGGUCGUAUUCAUAGGCAUUUGAAGACUCGUACCACUAGCCAUGGACGGGUGGGUGCUACAGCUGCAGUGUACAGUGCAGCUAUCCUUGAGUAUCUCACUGCUGAGGUGUUGGAGUUGGCAGGCAAUGCGUCAAAGGACCUGAAAGUAAAGCGCAUCACGCCACGUCACUUACAGUUGGCCAUCCGAGGUGAUGAGGAGCUGGAUUCGCUGAUCAAGGCAACCAUUGCUGGUGGGGGUGUGAUUCCCCACAUCCACAAGUCUCUGAUUGGGAAGAAGGGACAGCAAAAGACAGCAUAAAAAUCCAGCUUUGAAUCUACCCUCUUCCUCCCUACUGUCGUACUGUAAUUUGGACAGGAGAAACCUGGGGAUACUUGGCAUAUUUUUUUUAAAAAUAGUUAAAAUAAAAAUGGGAAGAGUUUUAGGAGAUGACUUUAGUGUUCGAUAUAAUCCGAAAGACCUGUUUGUAUGUCCUAUGGUUUAGAUAUAAAGCUGUAUGAAAAUAUAACUAGAACAUACAGCAGUUUGUCAACAAUUAGAUUACGCAAGUGUGUUUUAUACAAUAAAACCGUUCAUAAAACCAUUUUUUAAAAA